CUUUAUCUGAUCACCCGCAUUUCUUCUCCGUGUCAUCGUUCCCCCGAAAAGGGGAAAAAUAGAUAAGCUCGCGGAAAAGCUCCAAAUUGAUCCCGAAAGCCCUAAUUUCUCCGAGCAGUUGAAUUAGAUUUCCAUCAAGAAGGCGUAGAAUCGAGCAGGUACGAGGUUUUCUUCAUCGAAGGAUCGGUUUUGGGAAGAAAGAUUGGAUCUUGCGUUGAGCUCUUUCUAGUUUAUUCUUUUUCCCUCUGGGGGAGAUGGAGAGGCUACGCAGCUAGAAGAAGGGUUUGGGCUGUUUCUUGUUGCCCAAGAAAAGUCCAAAGAAACAGCCCUCGGGUCAUGAUACGCAAGAUAUAACUUUUCUUUGACGAGCCCGAGUCGUGAUUCCGUUUCUUUGUUGUUUCGCUCCGUCGGGGUUCGUUUCCGGUGGAAUUUGGGGGUUGGGGGAUGAAGAACGAUGCGCAGAAGCAUCAGGACGACGGUGCGCCGAGGAACGGCCGGAGCGGCGGCAACGGCUUCUUCUCGGUCCGGUCACUGUCGAAUUACAUGAGGAUCGUGUCGUCGGGUGCGUCCAACGUCGCAUCUAACGUGCGUUCCGCGGGGGCGUCCAUAGUGUCUUCGAUCUCCAAUCGCCAUGAUGAUGCAGGCCGCGAUCAGGUGUACUGGGCUGGAUUUGAUAAAUUGGAAUGUGAAGGUGGUCAUCUUCGGCAAGUUCUUUUGUUGGGUUACAGAUCUGGCUUCCAGGUUUGGGAUGUUGAGCUGGCAGAUGAUGUUAGACAGCUGGUAUCAAGACAUGAUGGACCUGUUUCCUUUCUUCAAAUGCAAAAGAAGUUAAUUCCAUCAAAAUACCGUGAAGAUAAGUUUGCAGAUGUUCGCCCAUUGUUGAUUGUUGUUGAAGAUAGUUCAGUUACUUUGGAUGGCAAUGACCCUGAUGGGUGUGGUUCUCCUUGUAAUAAGUCCAAUGGUCAUCAUGAUCUGGGUAGUGAUAAUCUGUUAUCUACUUAUCUUCGGUUUUAUUCUCUAAGGACCCAUGAUUAUGUACAUGUCUUGAAGUUCAGGGCAGCUGUUUUCUCUGUCAGAUGCAGUUCUCGAGUUAUUGUGGUUUGUCAAGCUACCCAGAUACAUUGUUUAGAUGCUGCAACUUUGGAGAGAGAAUAUACGGUUCUUACUUACCCCAUAGUUCCGGCUUGCCCUGGUUCUGGUGGCAUAGGUUAUGGACCACUGGCAAUUGGUACAAGGUGGCUGGCAUAUAGUGGUAACCCAGUAGCAUUUUCAAGCACUGGCCGUGUGAGCCCCCAACACAUGUAUCCUCCUACAGGUGUGUCCGUACCACAUUCGAAUGGUAGUUUGGUAGCAAACUUUGCAAAGGAAUCAAGUAAGCAGCUUGCCGCUGGCCUAGUGACACUUGGAGACAUGGGAUAUAAGAAGCUCUCCAAGUAUUACUCAGAUUUUCUUGUGGACAAUAAUGGUUCUGGAAAGCAAGGGAAUUCCAGCUUGAAACUCAAUGGUACUAUGAAUGGACAACAAUCUGAGACAGAAAAUGCUGGCAUGGUCAUAAUUCGAGACAUUAUUUCUAAAUCAGUCAUAGCCCAGUUCAGGGCACAUUCAAGUCCUAUUUCUGCAUUGUGCUUCGACCCUAGUGGAAUGUUAUUAGUGACAGCUUCUAUUCAUGGUCACAACAUCAACAUUUUUGGUAUAGUACCCUCUCCGCGUGGAGGCUCCACAGAGUCUGAUAUAAAAGGAACAUGCAUUCAUCUUUACAGGUUGCAGCGUGGCAUAACGAAUGCGAUUAUACAGGACAUCAGUUUUAGUGAUGACAGCAAAUCGAUAAUGAUCAGCUCUUCAAGAGGAACCAGUCAUUUAUUUGCACUCCCGGCAUUUGGAGCAACUAUGAAACCUCAUUUAAGUGAGGGUAAAUUUGCAAACAGUUGCUAUGAAUCAGGACAUCUACGUUAUAGUUCAUCAUCUUCGAAGCAUAGCCACCAGAGCCUUUUUGCAUCUGGUACUCCACUCACGUUAUCAGCCGUAAGCAGAAUAAGGAAUGGGAGUAAUGGUUUAAAAGGUGCCGUCAGUGGUGCUGCAGCAGCUGCGACAGGCAAGGUCAGUCCUCUUUAUGGUGCUAUUGCUUCGGCAUUCCAUAACUGCAAGGGUUCUGGUCUUCAGAUUGAUAUCAGCUCAGUCAGGACACAAUAUUAUUUACUUGUAUUUGCUCCUUCUGGCUGUAUUAUACAAUAUGUGUUGCGGCAAUGGAUAGGUGAAAAUUAUGGCAUCAGUGUAUCUGGCUCAAGUAAUGCUUCUUAUCAGUCAAUACAAGAAGCUGAUGGAAGGUUAGAUGUUGAGGCGCUUCAGAAAUGGGAUGUCUGUCAUAAGAGAAACAGAAGAGACAGGAGUGACAAUGUGGACAUAUACGGUGAUCAUGGAAAUGACCAGAGUGCUAAAAUUUUCCAGAAAGGGCUUAGAAAGGGGACUAGCAUCUAUCCUGCUGGUAGUGUUGUGGACAUGAAAGGGAAGCUUAGUGGUGAAGAAACUCAUCAUGCAUACUUAUCAGAGGUAGAGUUGCAUGUUCAUGAAGCUUGUACCCCACUAUGGGCAAAGUCUGAGGUUUGCUUUCAAGUGAUGAUUGAUGAGAAUAUUAAAGAACAUUACAGUAGUAAUAUCCAUGGGGAAAUUGAGAUAGAAAAGAUCACAAGCUGUACAAUUGAGACUAGAUCGAAAGAUCUGAUUCCAGUUUUUGACUAUCUCCAAACUCCCAUGUUCCAGCAACCAAGGACAACUGCAUCUGUUGUCAACAAAUUGGGGUCAAUACCGCGCCAGAAAUCAGGACUGUUAGAAAGUGGAAGGCUUUCACAUAGAAGCAGCAGCAGCUCUCUGGACUGCAUAUCUGAUAAUGCCACAAUGGCUGAGCUUCCAAAUGACAUCAGUGGUAAUGAUUGGAGCCGAUCCUUUGCAAAUGCCAACAAGGGCUUUGUACAUAACACUACAAAUAGCCAAAAUAUAAGAGGUCAGCUCAAGUUUGUAAAUGGUAGCGAUGACUUGAAGUUGGAAGCCCAACUUGAGCCGGUAGAUAAUAUGAAGAACCUGAAGAUCCAGGACCCACUCUCUGGAUAUGACAAUGGGAUCUGUUGAGUUGAGUUGGGGAAACUUUUAAGAACCGGUGCGAUCUCAGGUGUGUAGCAACUAUUUUUUAAUUGUCCGUGGAGAUAUAAUCUUGUGUUUGUAGACAUGUAUACGUCUUGUGGAAAUGCAAAGCAGAAAGGAAUUCAACUCUGAAACGAAAGGUUAUGAUGUAAGGAAGUUGGGAAUUUCAUUCUUGGGAAUAUUUGUACAUAACGAAUCUUCACAUUAUAUUGCCAAUAAGCAUCACUAACUUGUAAAUACGUCUAUCGUUUAGUGUCGGGUAUAUAAAGAAUGCAGAUAUUGAUGUGCGUUA